AUGGCCGACGCUGCGGAGAACGGUUCCCCUGGCCAGGGCCCCGAUGUCCCCCAGGGUGGCAGCGAGCACCUCAACAUCAAGGUGACCGACAACAACAACGAGGUCUUCUUCAAGAUCAAACGAAGCACCAAGCUGGAGAAGCUGAUGACUGCCUUCUGCGAACGCCAGGGUAAGACCAUCCAGUCGGUCAGGUUUCUCUUCGAAGGCCAGCGUGUCCAACCUUCCGACACCCCAGAUACGCUCGAAAUGCAGGAUGGGGACACUCUCGAGGUUCACCAGGAACAAGUCGGUGGUGGUGGUCUCUAG